UAAUACUGCUAUAGGCACUUCUUUCAAUCGUUGAGUAACCGCGGUCGGGCGCUGUUUAGUUUUCAUGUGUGCAUACGUCGUGAUUCGGUUCAAAAUCGAUAUGGCGAUUUGUUGAUAUUUUAAAUUAUUCGAACUGUGGGCAUAUAAUUACUAUUAAAGUGACAGUGGAUUGAAAUAACGUACUGUCUCUGCUCACAUUGACGCUGAAGAAAUUAUCAAUAAAGUCAUCACUUUCAAUUUUUCGUUUAACUUGAAGAAAAUGACGAAAGGCGGUUUGUCGCCGGUGCUCGUCGAACACGGCGGCAACAAAAUGGACGGGAACGUAACUGCGACUCCGACGUCUAAAAAGCGUGGUUUCUUUAGCGGUUCGUUUCGACGUCGCCGGACAUCUGACAUAAAAAUCAAUGACACAAUAAUCAUUAAUGAAAACGUGGUGUUUAACGGCAACAACAAGAAUGGCGUAAAUUCCACCGAUGGAGGAAAGUCCGUCGAAAACGGUAAAAGCGUUGAUAUCGCCGAACAGCAACUUGCUGUGAACGACAAAAAGCCGCCGUUGCAAAAAAAAGAACCUAUGGAUAUUAAAAAAAUAGCUCCGAUGGCAAACCAACAGAAGGAUAUAGAAAGCAAACAGGUACAAGCCGACAAGAAAAAAAUUGAGGCGGAGGAUAAGAAAAAAGCUGUGACAAAAAGAGGUAAAACAUACUGCAGUGGUUGUAAGAAAAAAUGUUCUGGUGAAGUACUCAAAAUUAAAGGCGAUAAAUACUUCCAUAUCGACUGUUUCAAAUGCAAGAUUUGUAGCUGUUCAUUAGUGCAAGGGUUGUUUUUUUCUGAAGAAGGUAGCUGGUAUUGUCCUGAUGAUUAUCAAAAAUUAUUUGGUAAAAAAUGCACUGUUUGCAAUGAUUAUAUAAAAGAUGAAUUGGUUAUUGUUUUGGAACGAACAUAUCAUCAACAGUGUUUCACAUGUACUCAUUGCAGACAACCUUGUCCAAAGGGAGAUCUAGUCACAUAUGUAGGAAAUUCUAUUCUUUGCUCCAAAUGCAAGGAGAUUCCUGUUAAACGACCAAUAUCUGCACAAUCAAAACAAAAUAGUACUAAUGAAAAUGAUUGUGCUGAAUGUGGUGAUGACCUAAGAAAUGGACAAGCACUUUAUGCUUUGGAUAGACAAUGGCAUAUUUAUUGCUUUAAGUGUCAUGAAUGUUCUGCCGUGCUUCAUGGCGAAUAUAUGGGACGGGAUGGUGUUCCUUAUUGUGAAAAAGACUAUCAGAAACUUUUUGGAGUCAAAUGUACAUACUGCAGUAGAUUUAUAUCUGGAAAAGUCUUACAAGCUGGUGAUAAUCAUCACUUUCAUCCAACAUGUGCAAGAUGUGCUAAGUGCGGUGAUCCAUUUGGGGAUGGGGAAGAAAUGUAUUUACAAGGCGGAGCAAUUUGGCAUCCAAGAUGUGGGCCUAGUCCGACUGAAAAUGGCACCAUAAUAAAUGGAGGAUCGAGUGCCAUGCUUAACGGACAUUGCAAUGACCCUGAAGAGUAUGAUCGAAUCAGUUGCUCAGCUGCUAGUGAAACACAGUUUUCAUUACGAUCUCGAUCUCGUGCUUCAAGCUUUAAUGGUUCAUGUUAUAAUGGUUCAUGUAAUAGCAUGAGUAGAAAGCACUAUUAUCGUGAUAUACCUGGAAGUCCAGGACUAUUACUUCGAGAAUAUAAAACACCUAAUGUGCCUAUAAGUCGUAUUUACACUUAUAGCUACUUGACUGAAGAGCCUACUCAAGGCUAUCUGAAACGCCCAAUUGACCCAUAUGAUAAGCAGCCUACAUCGCCUCAUUUCCACAGACCAACAUCUUGUGGUAGUGUACGUGGAAGUAGUAAAUGUUCAACUUUACGUUCAGCUGGCAGUCGUUCUGGUAUGAAAGCUUUAGUAGACAGUAUUAGAUCAGAGACUCCUAGACCAAAGUCACCUCAUAGUAUGAACAAUGAAGAACCUAUAGAAUUGGCUCACUAUCCUGCUGCUAAACCACCAGCACCUGGUGAAAAACCAAAAAUUGAAAGAGAUGAUUUUCCUGCUCCUCCAUGUCCAUAUACUGAUCCAGAAAAACGUAAAACAUGGUUUGAAAACUAUAAAGGCAUAUCAGAUGAUGAAGAUGAGGUAGAUCAAAAAAUGAAUGCUAAUAAAGCAAUAGAUCCUAAACUAAAAAAAGAAGAAGAAGAACUUAGUAAAUUAGGAUCAGGAAUUGGAAAAGUAUUUUUGCAAGAAGUUCGUGAACGUGAAAAACAUCAAAAAUGGAAAGUUUCACACAUGGAUCCUCGUAAUGCUUCAAGAUGUCCUUCUGCUGCACGGGAGCCAACUUAUCGUCUUAGAUACCAGUCACCAAUAAAUGCUUCACCAUCUCGUAAUUUGGAUCAUCAAAGACCUUGGGAAGAAGAAGGUGGUUAUUUAGACUCAAGUUACAGAUCAUCAGUUGGACAAUCUACUGGUGCUAUUCCCAAUUACAACAUCGUAAGUGCACUACGCCAUGUACCCAAACCUGGCUAUGGCUUGGCGCCUAGUCGACGGUCAAACACUUUCAGCUCUGCGUACUGCGUCAAAAACCCUUCGGAUGGGUUUUCCAUAAACGGCUUAGACAAUAAAACACUUAGCACAGAUUUUAACUGCGCUAGGUCUGACGUUUCUGCCGGAUCUAUAUCUGAAGUGGAUCAAGGCAACACGUGUUCUGAAAUACCAGCAUCAUCUACAUUUACUGGAUCACUGCGCUAUGUUACUAAUAUUCAUCGUUCACUACCCAAUAUGUCUUCAUCGCAUCACAGUUCUGAACCUCCAAAAAUUUAUCCAUAUCACUUAUUACUCAUCACAAAUUACAGGCUGCCCUCAGAUGUUGAUAGAUGUAACCUUGAUCGUCACUUAUCGCCUACAGAAUUUGAAGCAGUUUUCCAAAUGUCACCAGCUGAGUUUUAUCAGUUGCCCAAAUGGCGCCGCAAUGAAUUAAAACGUAGGGCACGCCUGUUUUAAUUCUACAUUCACUUGCUGCCGUGUAUUUGAUAAAAGGCAAACACUUAUUAGGCUUCUUGUUUAUAAACUUUAUCUUUAGCAGCUAAAUUCUUUUGAAAACUAUAUUCUAAUAUCAGUUCUUGUACCAAAUUUUUCUAUAUUUUUAUUUAAAAAAAAAAAAAAAUUUUAUUCUUAAUUUUAUUUUAACAUUUAUU